GAAAAAUGUCCUACUUGUAAAAUUAUAGGUGUGGAUCCCAUUGGUUCAAUUCUUGCUGAAAAUGAUCCUAGUGCACCAGUUUCUAGUUAUUUGGUUGAAGGCAUUGGCUAUGACUUUAUUCCUUCUGUUCUUGAUGUUAGUGACGUUGACGAUUGGAUCAAGACAAAUGAUAAAGAUUCAUUUACUUAUGCUCGUAGACUUAUUCGUGAGGAGGGACUUUUAGUUGGUGGCUCGUCUGGUUCUGCAAUGUGUGCAGCAAUUCAAGCAUGUAAAUCUCUUAAAAAAGGUCAACGUUGUGUUGUUUUAUUUGCAGAUUCAGUUCGAAAUUAUAUGACAAAGUUUUUAAAUGAUGAUUGGAUGAAGUCUCAUGGAUUUAUUGAUAAUUUUGUCAAACAAGAGGAGGAAAAUAAAAUUCAAAAAUAUGGUGGUGCUACAAUUCGUGAUCUUGAUCUUAAAGUCGCUAUCACUAUUGAUGCAGAAUCUACUUGUAGGGAAGCAAUCGAAGUUUUAAAAAGUCAAGGAUUUAAUCAAUUACCAGUUAUAGAUCAUCAUAAAUUUGUAGGAUUAGUUAAUCUAGGAAAUUUAUUAGCAAGUAUAUCUAGAAGAGGAAAAUCGGGUGAAUCCCCAGUUAAGGAAGUUAUGUUGAGAUUUGAUAGAUUAGGAAAGAAUUUUGAAGAAAUUACUAUAGAUACUCCUUUAGAAAAAUUAACAAAAUUUUUUGAAAAUCAUAGUGCAGCAAUUAUUACUGAGCGAGGAGCAAAUGGAGAAUUUAUACCCAAACACGUGGUAACUAAAUUAGAUUUGUUAUCUUAUUUGAUUAAAAAUCAAUAA